CAGCUUUUAAAGGCUGCGUUAUAGUUUUGAGUUUUUAUUUGCCAAAUCUGGUCAAAUUUGUUGCAUUUCUGACAAACAAUGGAUGUCUCUCAGUGGCCUUAAAAAAAAAAUUUCAUAAUGAGAUGAAUGUCUUGCUGGUUCCUUGGAGAAAUGUGUUGGCAGUCUGUCAGUCCGUCUGCAACUGGGCUGUAGGUCAGUUUGGGAGUACACUAUUAAUACGGGGUGAGCCAAUCACGUGGCUCGGCGAAUGUUUCGCAAUUGGCUUCGUUCGGUUGCGUCUUGUGACGGUGCACGGCUGUAGGCCAUCACCCCUGCUUUUAUACGGCCAACAGGCAACUUGGCGAUUCUUUUCUGUUGUUCCUUACUCUGCCAAAUCCAGCUUGAUGCUCAGGCCGCACCUCAAGAUGGUCAUCUUUGGACCCGGCGCUGCUUACGCCGCUUGCACCGCUGGCUGAGCCUGACCUGGAGUCGAAAAUGAACUGGGGGACCUUUUAUGCCGUGAUCAGCGGCGUAAACAGGCACUCUACCGGUAUCGGACGUGUUUGGCUGUCUGUCAUCUUCAUCUUCCGUAUCCUGGUUCUGGUCGUCGCUGCUGAGAGUGUUUGGGGAGAUGAGAAGUCCGGUUUCACCUGCAACACCCAGCAGCCCGGCUGCAACAGCGUCUGCUACGAUCAGUUCUUCCCCAUCUCGCACAUCCGAUUGUGGGCGCUCCAGCUCAUCCUGGUCUCCACCCCCGCCUUGCUGGUGGCCAUGCAUGUGGCCCACCGAAGACACAUCGAAAAGAAGAUCCUGAAGAGGGCGGGCCGCAACAGCCCUAAGGAACUGGAACACAUCAAGAACCAGAAGUUCCAGAUCACCGGAGCUCUUUGGUGGACUUAUAUGAUCAGCAUCAUCUUCAGAAUCAUCUUCGAGGUGGCUUUUCUCUACAUCUUCUACCUGAUCUAUCCAGACUUUAAGAUGGUGCGUUUGGUAAAGUGUGACUCGUAUCCAUGCCCCAACACGGUGGACUGUUUUGUGUCCAGACCAACAGAAAAGACCAUUUUCACUGUGUUCAUGCUGGCAGUGUCUGGGGUGUGUGUGCUGCUUAACCUGGCUGAGGUGGUGUACCUCAUAGGAAGGGCCUGCAAACGUUGCAUUCAAGGCUCUGAGGAAGAGUCCAACGUACCUUGGAUGAGUCAAAGAUUGUCAUCUUAUAGGCAAAAUGAAAUCAAUCAGCUGAUUGCAGACCAUUCCCUCAAGUCUAAGUUCACUGUGACCAAAAAGAGCCCGGCUGAGAAGAGUGAAAGGUGUUCUGCUUUCUGAGACUGCUGCCUGUUCCCUUUAAACUAAUCAACAUGAUACAGCAUACACAUCUAGACCAUUUAUUUAUGUAUCAUACAGUCAAUCGCUUAUUGAUCCAUCUGGUGUUCUGUUGUUUCUUUAUCGAUUUUACUAACACUAGUUGCUGUCAGAACUCAUCUAAACUAUUUGGAGCCAGAGUGAAGGUUAAAGGACCAUACCAGCGUUUUUGCACCUUUGAGCCUAUUUUCUACAAACCAGGAUCAAAACAAAGCUGAAGUUGUCGUCGACAAUUUGUCAGCACUGAAAUUCAUUUGUAAGAUUUCAGGUUUCAUUUGAAUACGAUUUGCCAAGGUGUAAACUUUGACACAAUGAAUGAAUAUCUAUGAUUUUGCGUUAUAAACAUUUUUGUUUUCGGAACAACUCGAUUCAUGCAGCUUUUUUCGCGCAAGCUAUGACAGAAGAAAAUAGUAGUUCAGCUAUUGAGGGAAACUUACAUGAAGUCUUAAUAAAAAGAUUUUUAUACCAUACUUCAUUUAAAGGAAAUGGGCAGCUGAACGUACGGCAUAAAAACAUUUAAAACUAAAAGAAUAUAGGCUUUCUAUAAUGUCUGCAAAAACACAGGUAUGGUCCUUUAAAGAAGGCAAGAUUACCAUAAAGAUUAAAAUGCUGGAUAGAAAGUGAACCUUUUAUUUACAUCAGAAAUAUUGUUAAUAUGUACCAUAUUUAAUUCCAGUCUGAGUCAAAGCUAAGUCGUGGAGGAAUGGGGACUUUUUUUUGGGGUAAAAAGCCGUUAAAAUGUCAGUAACGGCUCUUUAAGCCAAUAAUGGCAUGCUUAGAUUUUAUUAGACAGUUUUCAGUCAUUUUAUUUUGCUCAACUGUGUGCAGACAGCUGUCACUUGUGUAACUUGGCAUAUGAUAACAGUUGGUGCUAGAAAACCAAAGAGAGUUUUAAUGAUGCUGUCCAGAUAUGGACAACUGUCACUGGAUAUUAUCCAUUUACAAGUGAUAAAAACAUAAAUAAAUUUGAAAGCAAUUUAACUAUGAUUAAUAACACAUGUUAUCUCGAAUGAGCAGUCGGAAUGGUGCACAGAGCAAGUUUGUGACAUUUCAAUAAACCUUCAAAACGUCUGAGAAUGGAGGAACUGUUGAUCAGGCCCCAUGAUAUUUAACAGAUGAAAUGGCACAAUUACAAUAAUUCAUUUAUUCCUCCUUCACUUGUCUGCUGGGUCACUUUUGGAAUAUUGCAAAUCCCAGUACUGUACAUAUGUCUUUGGAUUUGUAUAUCUUUGAAUUGUGAAUACCGCCUACUUACUUUGUUGUAGCUUCUGUUUGAGGUGAUCUUUUGUUUCAGAAAAAUGUUUGACCUACUUAUUAACAGAGACCCAUCACUGUCUGACAGUAGCACUUGCUUUCCUUAAUAUUUAUCCCGUGUAGUAUAUUAUUCAGUAUCUCCCUUGUCCCUGAAAAUGUAAUGUCCCGUACGCUGGUAUCUGUUUAUACAACUGUUCUGUUAUAAAGUGAUAUUCGUAUUGUAGUGCAUACAAAAACCCUGAUGUCAACAUAUAUGCCUAAAUGUACAUAUAUCACAUCCAGGCAAACAAUCCAGUUAAUACUGUAUAUAAUAUGGGUUGACACUAUAUGUGUACAUUAUGUAAUAUAUAAAAAAAAUAAACUGCCUGAUCAUUAG